AGUUUGCGGAUCAAUCAACAGAGACUAGCGCUGUGACGUCAACACCGCUGCUGUGAAACAGAGCACUGGGGGAUCAUCACUCCCCAUCCAUUAGCAGCUAGCUGGCUAACUCUGGCUAACGUCAGCUAUGGUCCAUCACCAUUAUUAUCUCAUUUCUAAAAUAAACAAAUGUUUGGAAUGACCCGGCUAGCUAACAACAGACUGGGAACAUGUAUAUUGGGGACUGUUUGGAUUCUAACUAGGAUCGCAAUGGUGCAACGAAGCGAGUGAGGGGCUUGCGUCACUGAUGCCAGGUGCAGGCAGGCUGUAGCUGAGAGCACUCAGGAUGAGUGGGGCUGGAGAGCACACAGACAUCCUGUCAGUGGUAGACGUGGUCAGAGACAGAUGGAAAGUGACAAGGAAGAUAGGUGGAGGCGGGUUUGGCGAGAUCUACGAGGUUUUGGAUCAGUUGAGCCAGGCCACUGUUGCCUUAAAGGUGGAGUCUGCUCAGCAACCCAAACAGGUGCUGAAGAUGGAGGUGGCUGUGCUAAAGAAGCUUCAGGGCAAAGACCACGUGUGUCGCUUUGUGGGAUGUGGCCGAAAUGAUCGUUUCAACUAUGUGGUGAUGGAACUCCAGGGGAGGAAUCUGGCAGAUUUGCGCAGAACCAUGACCCGUGGCACCUUCUCCGUCUCCACAACUUUGAGACUUGGCAAGCAGAUUUUAGAGGCCAUUGAAAGCAUCCACUCUGUAGGAUUCCUGCACCGAGACAUUAAACCUUCUAACUUUGCGAUGGGAAGACUAGCCAGUACCUGCAGAUGCUGCUAUAUGCUUGAUUUUGGCUUGGCUCGUCAGUUUACCAACUCCAACCAGGAAGUCCGUCCGCCUCGUCCUGUGGCAGGCUUCAGAGGAACUGUGCGAUAUGCUUCAAUCAAUGCUCAUAAGAAUAAGGAAAUGGGUCGUCAUGACGACCUGUGGUCCCUCUUCUACAUGCUGGUGGAAUUCAUGGUUGGUCAGCUUCCCUGGAGGAAAAUCAAAGACAAAGAACAAGUAGGAAAUCUAAAAGAGACAUAUGACCAUCGACUCAUGCUUAAGCACCUUCCUUCAGAGUUUAGUACUUUCCUGGAUCACAUCUUGACCUUGGACUACUUCACUAAGCCAGACUAUCAGCUCUUGAUGUCAGUGUUUGAGAACGCUAUGAAGAGCCACAGCACGCUGGAGAAUGACCCUUAUGACUGGGAGAAAUGUGACUCGGAGGAUAUGCUGACCAACACUGCCGCAACAACCACUGCUCAGCAGCUCACUCGCCUCACACCGGCGUACUUAGGCAUGGCCAAUGCUUCAGUGCUGCCAGGCGAGCUGCAGAGGGAGAACACUGAGGAUGUCCUGCAAGGGGAGCGCCUCAGCGAUGCUGACAACUGCCCCCCCAUCCCCACACCGACCACCACCCCUGCUGUGGAUGUAUGGUCAGAGAUGGACCGCAACCGAAACCAUAAACAUGUACAGCCGAUGAUCAGGAAGGUGGUGAGUGAGGAUGAACACAGUCAGAACCAGGGGAACCAGAGCCCCAACACCGGCUCCAUGCAGAGUUCUCCUAGACGGGUGCGAUCAGAGACCAUGUUCUUGGAGCGGGCUGCGCCACUACUCCGGAGGAUGAGACACAGUCAGAGCUUGGCAUUUGAAAAGAGGCUUGCACCCGAACCCAAGCCCACCAUUGAACGCUUCCUUGAGGCCUACUUGGGCAAACAGCGCCCGGUCCUUUUUCAAGUCGGGGAGCAAUCCAUUCCUGAGAGGGAACAUGGGCAGCAUCCUGCCUGCAACGAAGAACAGUCUGGCACAGCAACCCCUGACCACGAAGAGGGCGCAGCAAGCAGUGGCUUUGUGGCUGUGAACCUCAGUCCCGUGCCCCAAGAGGGAGACUCUCAGGAGUGGGUGAUGCUGGAGCUAGAGCAAGGCAGCGGUUCUGGAGCCACCAAGCCUCAAGGUGAGGCCCUGCAUGGGGACAAGCCUGAGACGCACACGCCCGCUAAGACUGAGAACCAGUCCUCUGAGCCACAGGAUGGCCAGCCCACAGUGGUGCCGAGCAGUCCUGUCCUGUCACAGAUGUCCAUGCCCGGCACUUGGUUACUGGGCCACAGGAGACUGCCGGGAAUGCUGGGACAAAUGCCCUCUGUCAUUAUGGGAAGACCCCAGAUGGACCAGUCCUCUAGCUGUGCGCUACAUUCACCUGUACAGGAGAGGAGUGAAGCAAUACCACUAGAAGCACCAUCUGCUAAAUCUGAAAAACUCCCUGAGGAAACCUUCAAAGAUGGAGGGAGGUUGGAGUUAGCUCCAGUGCCAAGUUCAGCCAAAGGCCUCAAUGCUCACCUGACAAACGACAGAGACCCAGAGAGUGAUUCUGGUCUGCCGGAUCGCUCCUCCGAGCCGAAUCAGCAGCCUCAAGCUGACGCAGCAGGAGGCGCUGUGGAGAGCACCGUCACCGUCUCGUCCUCUCCACCGCCAGCGCUGCUCAGGAGAAGAGACUCACCCUCGUCCCCGAGAUUGAGUCGAAUCCCAGUACGAGACCCCAGCAACCCCCUGGACUCUCCGAGCCGGGACCUCAACAUGGAGAGGCGUCAUCGCUGGAGCAGUCCAGUCCCCGGCUCCCCCACCCACUCACCCUCUCCAUCUCUGUCCUGUGACAACCUUCCUUGCGCUUUGCCAAGAGACAGGCUCUUCUCAGAGCGAGGCUCCAGGUCCGAUUGUGUAGGAGAAGACCCUCUCUCUCUGUCCUCCUCAUCAGGUAGUAAAAGUAAGAUUCCACGUCCUGUGAGCGCUGCCUUUAUGCCUGAGCAACUCACCAGCAGGUUUCUGCCUCGACCACCUCCUGGGAAACCACCCAUCCGCCCGUGUGUGGACAACAGACGACGGCGGUUAAGAGUGCGUGCCAGCAGCACUAGUGACGCAGAUUUUCUAGCCAGUCUGACUCAGCUGAUGCAGGACCGAAGCGGGAUGCUCUUCAGCCCUCCUCCACGCCCUCGCAGCUCCUCCUCCUCCCUUCAGCGCUCGCUAAGCUCCUCCCCCUCACGCCAGGAGCUCCGAGAGGGCGGGGCACUGCAGGGACGCAGCCGCUCUCCAUCUAGCUUCUCCAGCUCCCCUCCCCCUCGGCACCCUCACCCACAUGACAGGUUCGGAGGGCAGGGUCAGUGGGGCCACAGCUCCAGGGGAAGGGGUCUCAUCCACGAGAGUAAAGGCUCUGGCAAAGUGAGUCGAUGACUGUAUUUGACACACAAGUGACUGAUCCGGAUAGUGCAACUGUAGCGAGAGGCUGUUUCACAUCCAGUCGUCGAUAGCAUGUGUAAAUACGGUAUUUACUCAAGGGAAUGUACUGUAUGUAAUGUAAAAUGUAUAAAUUGUAUUUAUUUAUUU